AUGUCCACACACAGUUGUACAACCGGCUAUCAUGUAUCAUCAUUCGAGUUUGAAGAUGAAGAGGAUGAGGAGGUUAAGCCCGACCCAAUCGAUCGCUUCUUCAAAGAGCUUACAGAGAUGGCAGAGACUGUGAUGAAACAGUCAUCAAUGUUGAAACAGAGUGCUCAUUAUACAUAUUGCGAUCCAGACAACACGACAAGAAGCUCAACUACAAUCGUGUCCAGGAUGAAGAAGCAGCUGACUGAAGUACAGAAUCAACUGGAUGUCCUAACAUCGGAUGAUGUCACAGGUCCCGACUCUGCAUUGAGUAUACUGGAGACAUGUCAACAACUUUAUCGAAACAAUCAAUUGAUGAUUGCUUCACUCCAAUCAUCUUCAGCAUCAGCCAGAACACAAAGUGCGGCGACAUCAGUCUCGUCGAUCCCCAUCACAACCUCCAAUCAUGUACAUAGGACCAACCCAGUAUCCAGCACCAUCAACUCUACCUCCACCUCCACCUCCACUUCCAUCUCUCACAUCCAUCAUACCAGUAACAUGGCGUCAUCAAUCACUUCACAUUAUGUUGGCUUGCCUCCAGUCUCGUCAAGGAGUACACUCCACACACAUACAACCACAAAUACUCAUGCACCAGUCCGAAGCAAGUUAGCAUCAAUACCCAAUAUACAGGAUCUGGGAGCCGGUGACAUGUUGUCUGAGUACUCAAGGAACUUGUUAUCCUCCGCCAAGUUUGCUGAUAUCGAAACCAAAGAGGCAUCCAAGAAACCAGCGCCAAUCACAUCCACAACAACAACAUCAACAUACGUCCCAUCACUUAUUUCAUCACAACUGAGCAACAGUAGCAGUGUAAACAAGAGGCCAGUUGAUCCCCCACAACAACAAGUACAACCAAUAGUGGAACCGAAUGCUAAUGCUGUUUCUGUUGUACCCUCCACUCCAACUGUUGCUGUUGCCCCUGUUGAGCCUCCAAAAAAGGUCCCCAAGCAACAUACAUUAAGCCAAGCCACGUCAACAACCUCAAUCAUCAAACCAAUCACCAAUGAGGAGUAUGAAGGCUUGAAGAGCUUCCUUACAAAUAUUAUCUCUAUAGAGUCAUUGAACAAUGUGAUUACAAGAUUGAACAAGUACAUGUCACAUGUGGACAAGUCAGAGUAUCACUUUGAUCUAUCGAACCUCAACGACAUAAUGUUGGAUGCAAAGGAGAGUGUUUCCAAAUUGAAGCCAAUCAUUGUGAUACUCAUUCAACUGAAGAGGAUCGGGACCAAGAAGAGCGUUGAUGGCAUAUGCUAUAAUAUAAUAUAA